UUUUUGCCCUGCAAUCAUAGGCAGAAGCCUAGAGGACACUGAGCUCUCUUAAAAUUCCUUCCCUGCAGUGCAGUAGAUCCAUGGGGAAUUGAAAAUUGAGCAAAUGUGUGGCAGUCAAAUGGUCCUCUCUGAGGUCACAUUCUGCUGGGUUUUAACCAGUAAGGUCAGGAUGUCCAGUCCUGGCAGUAACAGCUGUGGCAACCUCCAUAGCAACUGAGAAACACUGGCAGCAAAAGGCUCCCUGUGUCCAACAGGCAAAAGGGUGGCAUUUCUGCAUUCAGACUAAAUCCAAAUGGUGUAUUGUUACCAAUAGCAGGUCAUGACCGAGUCCUGCAGGCAGCAGCUUUUCCAAGUAUGGCUCGUUUGGAAGGGUCCCUGCCCAGGGAUCGCAGGUAUUGCAGUGUGAGGCCAGCUUUGGACAAGUUUUCAUGUUCCACUGUCAUAUCCACAGUUAAUCCCUGCUGCAGGAGCUCUUUUGUUGUGUACCCUGCCUGGAUCGCUGAGCACCCCGCCCCUCAGAGAUGCCAGUGGAUCAGCCACUGCCUCCCCUCCCCUGGCCCAGCAUGGAAGAGCCUCGGAGAAUCAGGCGGCACAUACAGCAAUGUGCCUGUGCUGGCUAGAGGGGAACAAGAUGGAUUUUAUUACCGUGGUACAGUAAAAGAGGAGAUAGAGAGUGAAAGAGGCAUGUUCCUGGUAGAGUUUGCCAAACCACUUGUGUCAUGUGGAAAGCAUCCAGUGUGUGUGCAAAAAACAGCAAAGGAUGACAUCCUGGAAUAUGUGAACGGGAUGAAGCACUCCUUGCUCCCUGGAGACAGAGUGCUGGCACCAUGGGAGCCAGAUAGGGCCAGGUAUGACCCAGGAACUGUCCUCAGAGGCAUUGAGACAAGGGAUCCCUUACGAGCCUCAGAAGAUGAAGAAAUUACUGUCCACUUUUGGAAUGACAAGCAAGUGAAACUCCCCUGUGGUGUGGCUCUGUGGAUCCCUCCUAGCCUGUGGGAGAGGAUUGUGGAGAUGAUCCACAUGCCCUUCACCAGCAGGGUGAAGCCCAGACCAAGCCAGGACUCUAACUCUUGUAUUCUUCCCUGCAGUCCUAAGGCAGCCCUGAUUCCUGUUUGUUCUCUAUGUAGCCUUGCCAAGCACUGCUUGCACUGCUCUCCCUGCUGGCCACAUUUCCACCACCACUGUGCUGGUGAUAUCUGCUGUUCAUUAGCCUGGGUAAGGUGCAUCUGCUGCUGCCACCCCUGUGCUGGUGCCUGGUGGCCUCUUCCCUCCAGGCCUCUGGUCUUUCAGGACAAAGCUGAAGAGGCAGAGUCCAGCAGUGAGCUCUCUCCAGGCCUUCUAGAACUGAAAGGCACAAAACGAGGAGAAGCUGCAGCUGUGGCAACAUCAUCUGCCUCUUCUGAUUCAGAGAGGCCACCCCCCACUAAGAGUACUGUGGGGGACAGUGCUGUUAACACAGGCUCCAGCUGUCUUGAAAAGCCCAGGCUAAAGAAUUCUGCAAGAUCCGAGGGGAGAUACUGGAAAAGAAGCCACCACAAGUCCCUUUCCAGUAAUUCAGGACCUGGAAGUUGUAGCAGCACAUGUACAAAGGGCCAGCUGAAAUCCAAAGCCAUCUCCACUGGGGACAUGUCCAGUGUGGCCCCAGCUCAGCAGAGUGCAAUGUUUGAAACCAUCAAACAGACUCCCAGAGGGAAACUCACACUGAAACAAAUCCUAAGAGACCAAGAUUUCAAGCCAUCAUUGAGGGAAGAAGGCUUUGCAGCAUCAGAAGAACAAAGAUACAAAGUAGCAUCAGAUGAUGAAGGUAAAGUGACUUGUGUUGGAGAUGACAAACCUGAUGUUACAGACCCUGUCAGAGCUCACUUACAGCAAAGCAGAGAGAGACAUGAUCAACUAGAUUCCAGUACAUGUACAACUGAUCAAGUUCAGGGGCUGAAAUUUCAGAAAUGACUGAAGCAGUACUGUCUCUGCUGAUGCACAAACGUGGAAGUCAUCCAUUGCUUGUUCCAGCUUUAAUACUCUUAAC